AUGGGGACACCGGGGACGCCCGGCACCGAGAUCCCUCUCCAAGAGUCACUUUUUCCUGCAGCCAAACCCGCUCGCCGGGGGACGGGGGUGAGCUCAAACCAUCCAUCCCCGCUGGAAAGGAGUAACCGGGCGUCUUCGCCGCUGCUGCCGUCGGCGUUGGGUGCUGCAGCGCGUCGGGGACCCGAUGGGUUCGGUUACCCGGCUGCCCCAGGAGGGAACAGCGAUAGACGAUGUGGCAGCAGUGGCUCAAAAGGCGAAUCCAGCCCCAAAUUGCCCUGCUGCUGGAGCCCCGGCCCUCGCAGCCCUGUGUGGGAAGAAAUGCCGGGAGCGAGGACCGCGGUCGGCAUCAGCCACGUGCGGGGCUCGUGUCCCAGGCAUCAGCACGGACCCCGGCUCGUGUCCCAGGUAACUUCACCACCACCCACAGCAUCUCGCUGGCUUCCACCAGGGCAACGGAGAGCGAGGUCCAACCACGGGCUCCAGCUCAUCUCUGGCGCCCAACGCACUGAGAAAGCCCGCGAUUCACUCCAAAACCUAUGAUUGACUCUACAAACGCUUCUUCUUCAUGAUAUGACCUCCAAAUGUUGCUUCUUCCUCUUCGAACGCUAGGGUUUGAGCUUUUUCCAGCUUUUUUCCCAGCCUUUCUGCAGCUCCGGGAGC